AUGUCGGAGCAUUUGGAUUUGGAUCUAGAUUCGAAGACUGUGAGAAGGGAGGAUGAACGGAUGUUUAUGGGACAUGAGUAUGAGCAUGAGCAGAGGGAUAUACAAGGCAUACGGUAUUCGCAGACCCGACAGAUGCAGUAUCAACAGUCGCAAUCACACGCGCAGAAAUUGAGAGAGGAUGCUACGAGGAGGGGAGAUGUGCGGAAUAUGCUGAUGGAAGAAAAUGGUUCGAGAGCUCCGAGGUUAGAGAGAAGUCCACAUCCAUAUCAUAAGAAGCAGGAGGAGAUUUUCUCGGGGAGCGAGAGGAGCGGUGAAAUGGUUGGGGAUGUGGAGAAUGGGAGGGACCCCGAGGUGGGAAUUUCGCGACUUCCUUCUUCGAGAACUAGGUACUCUAGACCUACUUCCUUAAGACCUCCUUCAGGUCCCUUUACAGGGCCUGCUUCUUCAGCAACCCCAACGUCGCCAUCACCAUUGCGUUCGACACAAAAUACCGAUGAUGAAUUUUAUAAAGGUGUUAGGAUAACAAUUGAUGGAUCACCAAAUGGAUAUAUCGAAUCUACAAAUAGCGAUAGUGGGACUGAGGCAGAUGAUGAACAUUUUCUGAAAGGGUUACCUGCUCCGAGGAUAAAACCACAUAAAGGAUUGAGGGGUGAGAAUGGCAACAUGUCGAGUACGCCAAGUCCAUUGAUGAGUCCGGCUAUAUUGGAAGAUGAGAUACGGUGGAAGGAAAAUGGAAGGAUUAGAUCUUUGAUGCCGGCUUCGAAAAUACUUACCGCGGAGGAGCAGAGGAGAGUUGUUGAGAAGUUUAGACAGAGGAGGAAGAUUGAAAUUAUAAGGAGAACAACUGAGGCGUUUUUACUAUGUUUUGUUGGGGGAAUAAUAUACCGGAGUCAAGGAGUUGAGGAAAUUCUCUAUUUAUGGAGAAAUGAACUUGUUUGUCAAAUCCUUGUUAUAAGUGGUUUAAUAGCUUUAUACCCUCUUCGAUUAUUACGACAUCUAAGAUCCCGAACACCAUGGAAAUUCACAUUCCCUCUUACUAUACCUGCGACAUUCGACCCGGCUCCUUUAUUAUAUCCUCCUACAUUAACGAUGCUUGUUUCGAUUCUACUUUCAGUCAGUGAUCCUAGUGGUCUUUUACCCAGUAUGAUACUUGCCAUAUCUACAUUGCCGAGGAAAUUAAUACCCGCUAUUGGAGGUCUUGAAGGUCGAGAUAUGUUAUAUUGGGUAUUAGCAUGUAUGCCAUUGUUCACGACGAGCUUGACCAGAGCUCCGUUUUUGAGCAAUGAAUCAUUACCUCUAAAUCCUGAGGUUUUGGUUUUAAUACCACCAUUACAUCAAGCUUUAUGUACAACACUACAUUACCUCACCACCACUAGUCUCCUAUCCGCCGAACUACAAUUAUUAUCAACCUCCCUCAUAAUUCUCUUACUUAGAGCAUCAUCACCCCAAGCAGUUAUUUUAAAAGCACUUCUUUGGGGUGGUGGUGUAGGUAUUCUAGUUACUUGUACACAUGUUCUUAGAUGGGGUGUUGCAUUAGCCAGAGUACCAACGUGGAAAUUCAGAAGACCCGAAACGAAAAAAUCGAGUUUCAGAUUUAACAAAGGAUCACUAUCGUUUGGUAAAAAUACUAUAAGUGUUUUUGCUAAAGAUACAUUUAUUAGUGAUACGAGUGAUGAUGAAUUUCUUCACGAUCGUUCACGAAGGAAGAUGGGUAAAUCACAAGCUACAGAUUCCUCUCUUCUAGAUGGAGAAAUUCAAUCAGGUAUCUCGAGAAGGAGUACCUUUCCAAAUUCUCCUCCAUCUAGUCCCUCAAAAUCAAUGAAGACUAGAACAUCAUCUGGUCAAUCAGGAAUUUGCGAACAAAAAGGCUGGAUUGAACGAAUUCGAUAUUCGGAUUUUGGACCUGCUAAUACACGUCUCAUUCUCUCGAUCUAUUGGCUUUUUAUCUUGAUAACAGGUCUAGCGAUAGUAUUCCGUCUUUCUUCCAUCUACGAAGUUGAUACCCGACGAAAAGUUUUUCACUUCAUGAUGGUUUUUAUUCUUCUCCCUUCUACAUUUGUGGAUCCGACAUAUUGUGCCCUAGCACUAAGUUUAAUUUUGGCCAUAUUUUUACUACUGGAUAUGGUGAGAGCAACACAGUUACCACCGUUUAGUAGAUGGUUGGCGAGAUUCUUAACACCAUAUGUUGAUGGAAGGGAUUUAAGGGGUCCGGUGGUUGUUAGUCAUAUUUUUCUAGCGAUAGGCUGUGCAGUACCUCUUUGGUUGAGUUUGGGAUCUGUAGAGCGGAGUAAUUCAUCGCUUGGGAUGCAGAAUGGAAUGGAAGAUGAUGGUGGAAAAAGAAAUGCGAUGACUGGAUGGGAAGUUCAGAAAAGAGAAGUGGCAAUGGUGGCGGGGGUUAUUUGUGUAGGGUUGGGUGAUGCGGCGGCCUCGUUGGUGGGUAGGAGGUGCGGGAGACGAAAGUGGAUUUGGGGUGGGGGGAAGAGUGUUGAGGGGAGUGUGGCGUUUGCGGUUGCGGUGGGUGUGGCGCUUGUGGGUGCGAAGUGGUGGGUUGGGUUUGGGGGGUGGGAGGGGGAAAGGAGGGGUUAUGAGAGGGGAGUAGGGGGUUGGAGUGAGAGGUUGAGGGGGGAUGCUGGUGUGGGUGGGGAGUAUGAUAUCUUUGCUCAUGCGAAUGGAUAUGGAUAUGCAAAUGGAUAUGGAAAAGAAGAUUCAUGGAGAAUCACACUAGGAAAAAGUAUCCUAGCAGCUAUAAUAGCAAGUCUCACCGAAGCGGUCUUGACAGGUGGAAAUGAUAAUGUCGUUGUACCGGUGGUACUUUGGUGUUGUGUUAAGGGGUUGGAGAUUUAG